CCUUUUAUUUAAACUAUAAUUAAUAAACUAUCUAACAAAAACGAGCAUUUAAAGUUAGUCAAUCUUAUAGAAAAUGGAUUACUUUAUUGGAUAAAAUUAUAUGUUCUGUGUUGUGGGUGCUAGUUAGCUAGAGACUGCAAGGCGAAUAUCAAAAUCGUGGAAUAUCAACGCUAUCACCGAAGGCAGCGCUGCCGACGUCGCUGCUUCACUCGUUUUUUCCACUCACUUGUUCCAUUUUUUUUAACGUACGCAGCAGCCACAGCACCCCCGAAAAUAUGCUAAAAUCCGAGGUGCAACACCAAUUUUGGAUCACCAAGAAGGCGGUGCAGCGCAAGCUGGGCUCCAAGGAGGACAAGCACAUAAUAUCCUCGGACGCGGACCUAGACGCCAAGAUUGAGGUUUUCAAAUCAAUAUCGGACACCAGUCUGGAGCUGUGCAAGAUAAUAGACCAGUACCAGGAGCGCCUGUGCAUCCUGUCGCAGGAGGAGUGUGUCUUUGGCCGAUUUCUGAAGGAGGCGGGCAAGCGGAGCAAGACGACGGGCAACAGCAUCAACCACACAGCGAAGGCCAUGUCCUUUGCAGGACAGCAGCGGAUGUGUGUGCGGGUGCCAUUGCUGCGACUGCAGCACGAGGUGGACGUGUUUCGCUGUCGCGCCAUCAAGGACACGGAGGUCACGCUGCAGACGAUGGAGAAGGAGCGAACGGAGUACAGAGCCGCCCUGUGCUGGAUGAAGUCGGCCAGCCAGGAGCUGGACCCCGACACGGGCAAGGGCCUGGAUAAGUUUCGCACUGCCCAGGCACAUGUGCGCGUAGCCAAACACAAUUUCGAUGGCUACUCCUUGGACUCCAUCCAAAAGAUUGAUUUGCUGGCUGCGGCUCGCUGCAAUAUGUAUUCGCAUGCUUUGGUUGCCUACGUGGCGGAGCUGAAGAGCUUCGCCCAGAAAGCCGCCUCCACAUUCCAGACGAUAUCCAAUGCGCUGAUGGCCAAGCCCAAGUACGACUUCUGUGUGCUGAAGGAACUGUCCCAAAACGAGGGACCCAGCGAGAAGGUGCCGCCGCUUGAUGCCGUCGAUAAGGAUCAGUCGCUGUUCUUUGCUAGUGAAUAUCAGGACAAGCCAGACUCGUCGUUGGAGUUGAAGCAGCCACCACCCAGUGGGGAGAGAGCCCCGUCAGAGCCAGCCCCCCCGGUCUGCGGCGACAAUGAGUCCCUGCUCAUAGAACUCUCCAAGCAGCUGGAGGAGGAUAGUCCGCUGAUCGAUGCGCCCGUGGGGCAGGAAUCCCCACUGAUGGAUGCCAAUCACACGAGCACCAACAGCAAGUUCUGGGCACGCAUGUUCAAUCAGCAGCAGGCGCAGAAGCCAAUGCCAACCACCACAGCCGCAAAGUCAGCCACCAGUGGCCCAGCUCUGACGGCAGCUGUCAGCAAAUCCCAGACGACCAACAAUCCGUGGCUGGACCUUUUUGCCGAUCUGGAUCCCCUGGCCAAUCCGCAGGCGUUCGAUCUGAAAAUGAGUGGAGGACGCAGCGUGGCGGAGCAGACAUAAAAUUGGCGUACGCCUUGGUUUCCGGCCCAAUCCCGUCGGCAUAUACACAUAGUACGAAUAUAUAGCAUAUAUAUAUAUAUAUAUCUUUACAUACCUGUGGGAACUAGCUAGUCAAAUGGAGAAGAAUCUUUGGAUGUAACUUUUCGCUAAACGUUCAAAAACUUUUUAUGGUUUAUUUAAAUAAAAUUUAUAUGGGACA